AUGGGUUUAAAGUUUUUCUCCAGAGUGGCAAUCGCCUUAGCCAUAGUUUUAAUAGCAGUGGUUAUCUUAGAAUUUAUGUUACCGACUUUAUACGUUAAGGAGCAAGAAGGAGAUGUCAUUAAAGAAACACAAGAGCCGAUUGUUGCAGGGAUUAGGGGACUUGAAGUUGCCACGGAGAACAAUAAUUUCGCGUCAUCUGCAAAAGAAUCAAAUUCUAAGAAAGAAGAAGUGAUAGAUGUUCCGACUAAAAGGUAAAGAAGUACAUUUAGCGCCUAUGAUAGGCAAGAAAUAAUAUAUGCUGAUAAGGUUAUGUUAUUACAUGUAUAAAAAAACGUGAAUCGUUCCGAUUGUUGAGGAACAAUGAUAAUAGAAACCUGGGUGGAAAAAUAUUUAUACACGUAAAAGAGAACAAAUGGCAUGUUUUUUUCCCUGUCGUUACUUAAAUGGAAGUCUUGGUUUGCGGAGUAAGGCAUGAAGCCGCUUGCAUUUAGUCAUUGAGAUAUUCAGCUGAUGUUUUCAUUAACUGAAUUUUUUUCCAGCUGCUGGGAAUUAAAUGAUCAGCAGUUCACAGUUAUCUGAGGGUCAUUCCACCAACCUCCCAUUGAGAGGGGGGCGUAAGGGGGGUACAAAUACUCAAAACCUUGCAUAAAUACAUUAUAAACACCACACAGAAUAACAUUAGAAAACCUAAACUUCUUUGAAAUAACCCGAAAAUUUCUAAAUGUUGCUAACCGCUUGGUAUUAAAAAACUGCAAUACCGCAACUUAAAAUAACAAUUUGUGCAAAACCGCACCAAAAAUCGAGCAAAACCGCGUCACUGCAAACCCUUAUACCCCCCUCCAUAUGAAUGUUUCUGAGGGAUAUGGAAAAAUUCCCUUUGAGUGUAGGGCAGAAAGAAAAAGUGGGCUAUUGUAGGAGCUGGGUAGUGGACUGGGUCAGUACUUUUGAUCCUUUUAUUCAACUUAUUUUAUUUGUGGGUGUGGCAGGUGGCUAUUAAGUGGAAGAUGUGAGCCAUUUAUGCAUGGCCAUCUGCUAAGGUUAAUUCUGGCUGGUUUUUAGUGACAGCUAAAAUUAUAAAUAAAUAAAUAUUGUGGACAACUCAGAGACAACUCUAGAUGAUUUCCUCAAACAAUUAUGGUAAGAUCAAUCAUUGGUAAACAAUUCCAUUAUCUGCUGUAGCAUAGAGCAUAGUUGUGUAGAAUCCCAUGCCCUUUAUCCCUUUUGUAAGUUCAUUUAUGUUGUUUUUUUUGUUUAGGGUGGGGUGGGGAGAUUCAUAUAAAACUUAAAGGGAUGAUCAUUAAAGAUUUUUAGUAACUGAACCCUUUGAAAACUAAAUCUUGUUUUAGAGAAUGGCUUAAGUUUAUUUUCCACUGUCACAUAAUUUUUAUGUGCCUAUGUGCAUAAAUAAAAUAGAGGCAAUGUGUGGAAGGUCAGCCAUAAGUGUAAUAGUUGAGCCUCACUCAGCCUACAAGCGUAAAUGCUAUGUGCUUACGGAAAUAAAAAUUAAAUAACAAUGGAAAUCCAUAACUGAUCCAUAACAGAACAUUACCCAGGGGUGAAUCCAAAAAAUUCAGGAAGGGGUGGCCAGGACACUACUUGUCCACUUGCCAGCCAUAUAGAUACUUUUUAUUUUUCUAAGAAUUCUAUAAAAAUAAUACAAAAUUUAAAAGAAAAAAGGGGUGGUCGCGGCCCCCUUUACCCACCCCUAAAUCCGCCCUUGUUACCUGUGACAGUAUAACUCAUAAUUAGCCAAGGUUUAUUUUCAUGGUGAAUUAAACAUUUGGCUUAAAGCUAGUUAUAUUCUCUUUAGAACAUUGACCCUACCUACCAUUCAUGUAAGUGCUGUGGUGUGUGGAGACCGGGCAAUUGAAGCAACAACAAUGCUCAAGUCAACAACUCUAUUUACUAAGAGAACUGUACAACUCCAUGUUGUCGCAGAAGAUCAACUCCAUGAUGACUUAAAGAACAUUUUUAAUCAGUGGCAUACGGUUCAAUCUGGAAAAGUCAUGUUCAAAAUUUACUCUUUACACUUUCCUGGGGAAAAGUUUGAUGAGUGGAAACGACUUUUCAAGCCAUGUGCAUCACAGAGGCUGUUUCUUGUGGUAAGUACAAAACUAUUUAUUCCGUAAUGUAUGUGUUUACUCUGUUUCAUUGCGUACUUGUCAGUUUAGAUAACGACUUGUGGCUUUUAGUGCAAAUGAAAACGUAGAGCUGAUUUGCAGGUUUUAUCAUACUGUGAUAAGCUGUUUAAAGGCAAUUUUAUGUUAAAUUUUUUAUGUACAGUGAGAGAACCUUGAUAUAACAAAGGGCCAAGGGACUGGCAAAUUGUGUUCGCUUUAAUGAGGAUUCAUUAAUGAAAGUUCUUUUCCAUAUUUUACUAUUACCGGGGUAAAGAAAAUCAUUCGCUUUACCAAAGACUUUGUUAGAUAGAGGUCAUUAUAUCACGGUAUAACUGUAAGAAAAACUUAAGAGGGUUGUUUAGAGCCACUUCAAAUUUUGGGGAUCCUGUGGUGGCAUCUGAAUACCUUCUUUAUCAAUUUUCUACAAAAUCUCUCUUUGGAUAAAGGAGACCCUGCCAGGGGUGGGGAGGGGGGGGGUCCCAUGUUGCCCGUCUGAAUUUUAAAAUGUCUCGCGUCGCUGUUUAUAAAUGCUUGUCACUUAUUGUCGGCUUUGCCGUCACUGUCGCAAUUUGGCUGAGGGAAGUUGUUUCUUCUCGCUGUCGCUACCUUUUGGGCCAUAUCACUUGUCGGAAUUUACCCUGGCAGGGCCUCACAAAGUUAUUUUGAACAGAAUAUACUGUUGCCAUGGUAACUUUGCACGUCAGGAAAAUGAUCAUAACUUGUUUAUCAGUGAUUGGGCACUUGGUACCAGUGACGAUUGUUUUAGUAUCUGCUGAUAAAGAGUAGUUAGCUACUAGGAGACAUCAGUGUUUACAAACAUUGUUUUUGUUAUUCAAAUCUGCAACAAGUAAAACAAUAGAAUCUUUUGUUUAAAGAACCAAUGCACUUUUGGUUGGCACAUUACUUAAAUGAUCAGCAGUUCACAGUUAUCUGAGGGUCAUUCCACCAACCUCCCAUUGAGAGGGGGGCGUAAGGGGGGUACAAAUACUCAAAACCUUGCAUAAAUACAUUAUAAACACCACACAGAAUAACAUUAAAUUACCUCAAACUGCAUUGAAAUAACCCGAAAAUUUCUAAAUGUUGCUAACCGCUUGGUAUUAAAAAAGUGCAAUAGCGCAACUUAAAAUAACAAUUUCUGCAAAACCACACCAAAAAUCGAGCAAAACCGCGUCACUGCAAACCCUUACACCCCCCUCCAUUUUAUGAGAUCUUUAUGAGGGGGUCGCUGCAUUGGCACCUUUUUUUCUUUGGAAUGUUUCUGAGGGAUAUGGAAGAAUUCCCUUUGAGUGUAGGGCAGAAAGAAAAAGUGGGCUAUUGGAGGAGCUGGGUAGUGGACUGGGUCAGUACUUUUGAUCCUUUUAGUCAACUUAUUUUAUUUGUGGGUGUGGCAGGUGGCUAUUAAGUGGAAGAUGUGAGCCAUUUAUGCAUGGCCAUCUGCUAAGUGUAAUUCUGGCUGGUUUUUAGUGACAGCUAAAAUUAUAAAUAAAUAAAUUAAUUAAUAUUAUGGACAACUCAGAGACAACUCUAAAUGAUUUCCUCAAACAAUUAUGGUAAGAUCGAUCAUUAGUAAACAAUUCCAUUAUCUGAUGUACUGAUUAUAGCAUAGAGCAUAGUUGUGUAGAAUCCCAUGCCCUUUAUCCCUUUUGUAAGUUCAUUUAUGUUGUUUUUUUGUUUAGGGUGGGGUGGGGAGAUUCAUAUAAAACUUAAAGGGAUGAUCAUUAAAGAUUUUUAGUAACUGAACCCUUUGAAAACUAAAUCUUGUUUUUGAGAAUGGCUUAAGUUUAUUUUCCACCAUCACAUAAUUUUUUUGUGCCUAUGUGCAUAAAUAAAAUAGAGGCAAUGUGUGGAAGGUCAGCCAUAAGUGUAAUAGUUGAGCCUCACUCAACCUACAAGCGUAAAUGCUAUGUGCUUACGGAAAUAAAAAUUGAAUAACAAAUGGAAAUCCAUAACUGAUCCAUAACAGAACAUUACCCAGGGGUGAAUCCAAAAAAUUCAGGAAGAGGUGGCCAGGACACUUGUCCACUUGCCAGCCAUAUAGAUACUUUUUAUUUUUCUAAGAAUUCUAUAAAAAUAAUACAAAAUUUAAAAGAAAAAAGGGGUGGUCGCGGCCCCCUUUACCCACCCCUAAAUCCGCCCUUGUUACCUGUGAGAGUAUAACUCAUAAUUAGCCAAGGUUUAUUUUCAUGGUGAAUUAAACAUUUGGCUUAAAGCUAGUUAUAUUCUCUUUAGAACAUUGACCCUACCUACGAUUCAUGUAAGUGCUGUGGUGUGUGGAGACCGGGCAAUUGAAGCAACAACAAUGCUCAAGUCAACAACUCUAUUUACUAAGAGAACUGUACAACUCCAUGUUGUCGCAGAAGACCAACUCCAUGAUGACUUAAAGAACAUUUUUAAUCAGUGGCAUACGGUUCAAUCUGGAAAAGUCAUGUUCAAAAUUUACUCUUUACACUUUCCUGGGGAAAAGUCUGAUGAGUGGAAACGACUUUUCAAGCCAUGUGCAUCACAGAGGCUGUUUCUAGUGGUAAGUACAAAACUAUUUAUUAUGUAAUGUAUGUGUUUACUCUGUUUCAUUGCGUACUUGUCAGUUUAGAUAACGACUUGUGGCUUUUAGUGCAAAUGAAAACGUAGAGCUGAUUUGCAGGUUUUAUCAUAUUGUGAUAAGCUGUUUAAAGGCAAUUUUAUAGUAAAUUUUUUAUGUACAGUGAGAGAACCUUGAUAUAACAAAGGGCCAAGGGACUGGCAAAUUAUGUUCGCUUUAAUGAGGAUUCAUUAAUGAAAGUUCUUUUCCGUAUUUUACUAUUACCGGGGUAAAGAAAACCAUUCACUUUACCAAAGACUUUGUUAGAUAGAGGUCAUUAUAUCGCGGUAUAACUGUAAGAAAAACUUAAGAGGGUUGUUUAGAGCCACUUCAAAUUUUGGGGAUCUUGUGGUGGCAUCUGAAUACCUUCUUUAUCAAUUUUCUACAAAAUCUCUCUUUGGAUAAAGGAGGCCCUGCCAGGGGUGGGGGGGGGGGGUCCCAUGUUGCCCGUCUGAAUUUUAAAAUGUCUCGUGUCGGUGUUUAUAAAAUAAUUAAUGCUUGUCACUUAUUGUCGGCUUUGCCGUCACUGUCGCAAUUUGGCUGAGGGAAGUUGUCUCUUCUCGCUGUCGCUACCUUUUGGGCCAUAUAGCUUGUCAGAAUUUACCCUGGCAGGGCCUCAGAAAGGUAUUUUGAACAGAAUAUACUGUUGCCAUGGUAACUUUGCACGUCAGGAAAAUGAUCAUAACUUGUUUAUCAGCAAUUGGGCACUUGGUACUAGUGACGAUUGUUUUAGUAUCUUUUGAUAAAGAGUAGUUAGCUACUAGGAGACAUCAGUGUUUACAAACAUUGUUUUUGUUAUUCAAAUCUGCAACAAGUAAAACAAUAGAAUCUUUUGUUUAAAGAACCAAUGCACUUUUGGUUGGCACAUUACACAAAUGAUUACAAUGUCAUUAGGGAACGUUAGCGUGAGUAUUGCUAUAGGACUAAUUCUUCACCUGAAAGUACAGAGCAUUAAUUAUUAGAGUAAUUGUAAAGCUAAAUGGCAAAAUUAAUAUGCUACCAUGGAUGUCCAUUAUCACCUUUCUUGGGUUUUGCCCUUCUUUUGAUUAUUAUAUUUGAUGCACUAGCUAAAUGCUGCUUAUGGAACUUGGUAAAAGAUUGUCAAUUGUAUUCUUUUUCAUGGCCAGCUACAUGCCCAAAAAUAACCGUGCUACAUUAAUCUUCUAGUUUCAACAAUGAAAUGCAGGUUGUUGCCAUUUUGAAAAAGUGGCUGUUACCUGAAGAUUUCAAUAAACAUAAAGAUCUGGACUGGCAGGCAGGACGCAUUACUACAUGGCCUUUACACGAAAGGGGUCAAAUUAUAUAUACGUGGAGGUUUGCUUGUAAUGGAACUGUUGUCAGCUUUCUUAAGAUAGCAUAUUGAAAAUUUAUUUUCUAGGAUGUGCUGGAUUCCAUUGAUAGUGUGCUGUACAUGGAUACGGACACGCUGUUGCUAAGACCUGUGGACAACAUUUGGGAUCACUUCAAGAACUUUGACAGCUGGCAGCUGGCAUCGAUGACUCCAGAGGGUGAAGAAACAUCAUUGACCUGGUAUCCCAGAUUUGCACGUCAUCCUUUUGCUGGCAAAAAUGGAAUGAAUUCUGGUGUUAUGCUUCUUAAUUUAACCAGAAUGCGAGCAUUUGGGUGGAAGGAAAAGAUAAUUGAAGCUUACAACAAGUACAAACUUAGCAUAACCUGGGGAGAUCAGGACUUAAUAAAUAUUGUUUUUCAUGAUCAUCCAGGUAAUGGCCUUGUUUCCUUUUUUGAAGAUUAUUUAUUUCACACUAGCUCCUUGAUGCUGAGGCCUUUGUGCAAGAAUAUCCCCUUAAUAAUCUAGUACAUUUGUAAAGUGCUGCAAAAUUUCAAAAUUAUGCAGUUUAUUUUCACCUUUAGUACAGAAAAACUGUUUCAAGAAAUUAUGUGCACAAAACACAUCUGCUUUACAAUCAGCCACAACAAAUCCCCUUCUGCCUCCCCAAGGGCAAAAUUAAGCCCAACUCUCCCCCAAACAAAGUUGUUCUUUGUUGAAUUAAAGGUGAAAUGUAGUUGUUUAUGGGAUAGAUUAUUUUAGAAAUUAAUAAUUUAUAAUAGACCUUCCCUGCAUUCCUGUAAACAAAGGCACCAACUCAAGGUUUGGGUGGACAAAUUACAGUGAUUUGUAUGAAAAUCCACCUGAGCCUCAUCCUCAUUUCUUUACUUUUGCUCACUUGAGUAUAAUGCGGGAAAGGUCUAUUUAAUGUGAUGUGCAUUAUCAAACAAGGUCGUAAGCUUGAGUUAGGCUUCAGUUUAGAAAGCUGCACAUAUUCUACAACAUUGAAAGAGGGGGGAAGAGAAGGGAUAUUGCAGCAAGACAUUGACCAGGGUAGUGAAGGGUAGUGUAAUUAAGUUAAGUGCCAUACAAUGUGGUGGAGGUAUGGAUAUUUUCUGACAGAAGAGCCAUUUAUACAAUGAAAAAUGAGAUAGCUAGCUAGAUGUGUCUUAAUCAAAGCAAACUUCUUUUAUAAAAUUAAUGAUACAACAACAGUCUCAGUAAGACACACCUUACAUAAUUGCAUUAUGUUAUCACUUUUGUCUUACAAUUUGUCCUAUUGUGUUUCAAAUGCCCAAGAGAUUUUGCCACCCCAACCUCCACCCCACCCUCACUGAUGUUUCGUAUUGUUAUUUGAGAAUGUCAGCUUUGCAUGACUUGUAUCUACAACACUACUAACAGUCAGAUGUGAUAUUUUUAGGUUUGCUAUAUGUUUAUACAUGUGACUGGAACUAUCGUCCUGACCACUGCAUGUAUGGGAACAAUUGUGGGGCAGCUAAAGACAAUGGCAUAUCAGUAGUCCAUGGAAAUAGAGGAGUCUUCCACAAUGAUAAACAAGUCUUCUUUAAAGCUAUUUAUAACACCUUGAGAGAUUUUAAACCUGGUGAAAACAUCACGUUGCUGGCAACUCGUUUAUCAGAAAACCUUAAAUCUGUUGGGACUGAUCCCUAUUGUAAUGCCAUGGUUGACAGUGUGUUAAAAUAUCCCAAAAAAUAUUCCGUCUUAUGA